AUGUCGCUCAGUCAAGUCGAACCACUUUACAGAGACGAGGAGUCGGAUAGCAUAAUCUCAGAGGUCAACGCCGGAUAUCAGCUGAAACAGGCUCCGUCCACUGACUGGGAUAUAUCCGUCGUCCAUCACCUGGCGUGUCUAAUAGAGGUCAACGCCGGACAUCAGCUGAAACAGGCUCCGUCCACUGCAUGCGUCAUUUCUCACCAAAGAACGGUUGAUCACUUUUUAAUGGGUUUGCUUGAGUUGUUCACAGAUCUGCUGAUCGCCGGGCAGUAUGCGUCGGCAAUGUAUAGUGGCAACAUGCCCCCUCCAUGUUCAGUGGCCAACUUCAGCUUGCGAUACCUAUUCAUAAAUAAAAUAGGAACGUCAUAUAUUGAAACUAUCAGGCAUCAUAAUAACACUAUUUAUGGAUUUCAAGAGACGAUUGCAGUUCCCGGGAUGCUAAAUGAUGAGACCACCAAGUAA